ACUCCCCGCCAUCCAUUUAUCUCUCUGUUUCUUCAACACAGCUCCUAAAUUUCAAAAUCAAAUCCUCCUUCUCCUCCUCCUCUCGCCACCAUCCACGGCGGAGCUCUGCUCAGAGUUUCGAAAUUUCGUCACCUUCUUACACACUCAACCAGAUAAACCUCUGCCAGAUUCUUUCCUUUUCUUUGGGAAUGGAGGCGAAACAGGGGCCUGCAAAUUACGAGGAAGAAUGUUCGACGCCGACCCGGUGGGAGUGCCGGAUUCCGGCGGUGUUCAACUGUCCGCCGCCGCCGAAGAAGAAGAUUGGAACCGAUGGGAAGAAGCGGGAUCCACCGAAACAUGGCUAUUUUCAGCCACCUGAUCUUGAGGCUCUGUUUUCAGUUCCUCCCAGAAGGGAAGCCUGUGCUUAAAUUUUUAGGCUCUGUUUUAGGGUUUUCAGAAAGUGGGGGUUUUAUCAUUAUUCUUCUGUCUGAUAAUGAUUAGAUUGUUCUAUUGAAUUGUGAAUACAUUUUGAGAGUGGAUUUGAGUUCUUUAGUUUGCCAUUGAAGAGUGCUUCUAUUGAGUCUUAAAUGGAAAAAUGAUAGCCUGUGUUGUCUUUUCAGAAGCAGAUUCAUGUUUAAAUCCUUA